AUGCACGAAAAGUACCAAUUAGAAAAAAAUGCAAAAGCCAUGUUUAUCCUCAAAACCUGUCACUUUUCUUCCAGCGGUAUAUUAGAUGCAGAUGCCAUGGAAAGAGAAAAUGUGAGUUUUCCCAACACUUUUGUCCUGCUGGGCUUCUCAGAGUUUCCAUGGCUGGAGAGGCCCCUCUUCGCAGUGGUCCUGGUCUCCUACCUCCUCACCCUGUUGGGGAACAGCUCCAUCAUCCUCCUCUCCCUGGUGGACCCCAGACUCCAGACACCCAUGUACUUCUUCCUGGGCAAACUCUCUCUGCUGGACCUCAGUCUCACUUGUACCACAGUUCCCCAGCUCCUGACCAACCUGUGGGGGCCAGACAAGACUAUUGCUGCCUGGGGCUGCAUCACACAGGUCUGUGUUUUCAGCUGGACAGCUUGCACUGAAUGCAUCCUUCUUGCCAUGAUGGCCAUUGAUCGCUAUGUGGCCAUCUGUCGGCCGCUCCAGUACACUCUCAUCAUUCGUCCCUUGGUGUGUGUGCAGAUGGCAGUGGCCUCGUGGUCAAGUGGCUUAGUCAAUUCUCUGCUCCAAGCUACACUUACCCUCCAGCUCCACCUCUGUGGACACCACACCCUGGACCACUUCUUCUGUGAGGUUCCUGGGCUCAUCAAGCUGGCCUGUGGGGACACCACUGCUAAAGAGCUGGCCCUUACCUUGAUGACCAUCCCAUUUGGAAUGGUGGCUCCCACAAUGAUCAUUAUCUCCUACACCUUCAUUGCUAGGGCUGUACUGAAGCUGCCUUCAGCUGAAGGCAGGCGCAAGGCACUGAGCACCUGCAGUUCCCACUUGCUGGUGGUCACCAUGUACUUUGUACCAGGCAUGUACUUGUACCUCCAGCCUUCAUCCAAGAGUUCCCAGGCCAAGUUCAUGUCCUUCUUCUACUGUGUUAUCACCCCACUGCUCAACCCACUCAUCUACACCCUGAGAAACAAGGAUGUACAGACAGCAUGGAAGAGGAUCCUGCAAUCCCAGGCCAGGGUGAAAUCUUUAAAAGCCAGAUGA